CGUCGCUGCAUCAAAAAGGGGAAAAAGGGGGUCGAAGGAGGAGGAGGAAAGAGGGAGAGAGGGGUGAGGAGGAGGUGAGGGCAGGGGAAGUGUUGUCGGUCGGUGCGCGACAUGAAUGAACCAUGUUGGGUAACGGAGGCUUCGCUCUCCCGGUAUGCUCCUUUCUGCUGCUGCACCUCCCGGUUCUCCCGCUAACCAGCAACUGGCCCGUUAAGGACAGAAGUGAAGGGAGGGUGGAGCAGCGUAACGUCCAUCUGCAAUCACACAGCCACAGCAGUCAGAGUGUCAAACAGAUGAGCAAAAAGGAGGAGGUGUUCCAGUGGUGGGGGGAGUGGUCCAGCUGGUCCUCCUGCUCCAGGAGCUGUGGAGGAGGAGUGAGGAGUCAGGAGAGACACUGUCUCAUCCAGAGGUUGUCCACCACCCAGAACGUAAACAGUUCAUAUUGUGUCGGCUCCCCUAAACAGUACCAGCUCUGUCCAAACCCGCCAUGUCCCAGCCCCAGUGUCAGCUUCAAACAACACCAGUGUUCCCAGUUCAAUUCUAAAGCCUUUGGAAGAAGAUAUUACCAGUGGAUACCGCUUUAUCCAGCUGAUUACAUCAGCAUCUCCAAUAAGCCAUGUGACCUCCAGUGUACAACCAUCAGCGGUGAGCGACAGCUGCUGGUUCCUGCCCACGACGGGACCUUCUGUCGGGACACUAAAUACCACGGAGUCUGUAUAGAGGGGAUAUGUCAGCCCGUAGGGUGUGAUGGGAAGCUGUUCAGCAGCAGGACAGUAGACAGAUGUGGUGUCUGUGGAGGCAACGGGACGUCAUGUCAACGCAUCUCUGGAUCCUACAGGAAGGCACUCGCACAGUUAGGUUAUGUGUUCAUCACUAACAUCCCAGCUGGAGCUUCAGACAUUCAGAUCAUAGAGAGACACAAGACUGAGAACAUCCUGGCCCUGUCAGAUGAAGCGGGACAUUUCUUCUUCAACGGAAACACUGUGUUUGACAAUCCUCAAAACUUCCAUGUGGCGGGAACAGUGUUCAAAUACCGACGUCCAAGCAAUGUUUUUUCUGACGGGCUGGAAUACAUCAUCGCACAGGGACCCACACUGCAGGGCCUCAACGUCAUGUACUACAACUUGAAUGGGAAACUCCCUCACAUCACGUAUGAGUACACCGUCCCUCUCAAGCCUCACGAUGUCACUGCAGCAGAAGGCAUUGCUACAGGCCCCGCCCAUCUGAACCUCACCUUUAACGAGGUAAACGAGGAUGUCAGAGGGGAUGAGAGCAGCCUGGUGAACCACAGCAGAGGCGUCCAUCACUACAACACUCAGGAAGACGAGGAGGAGGAAGUGGUGUGGGAGAUCCGGACACCCAGCCCCCCUCCACCAGUAGCCAUUUUAGUCUACAGACCAGCUGAUGUCACGAGUCACAUCUUCACCCACAACAAUGUGGAAGAGCAGGGACCUCCAGCACCGUCCGGAUACAAGAGUUCCUCCAACUCAGUUGAUGAACCAUCCACUGCUGAUGACAACACACUGCUGCUCUCAUUCCCAGGUAGUCAGAGUGUUCAUCCUGCCGCCCUGCCAGAUGAUGCUUCCUACGUCCUACUGGAGGAUUUACAUCACAACCAGACACAGUCCAACACUCACACCGUCAAACACACACUCACCGAUUCACAACCACAAACACAUGCAGAGACUCUGGCUGCCUCAGAUACAGAAGGACGCGUGGAAAUCCACCUGGACACACUCACAGUUACCGACACACACUCUGUUGCAGAAACACAAACCGACACACACACCGCCAUCUUAGUCCAGCUGCAACAGGUGUCAGCCGUCCAAGCUGCCAACACAGAGAGCAAUGACUUUGAUGUGGGCCUGGACCCAGAUAUUAGUCUGGCAGACAUGUAUCGCUGGAAAGUUUCUGCUUACGCUCCAUGCAGCUCUACCUGUACAACAGGUAUCUCCACCAGCUACGCCCUGUGUGUCCGCUAUGAUGGUACUGAAGUGGAUGACAGUUACUGUGACUCUCUGACGAGACCAGAACCCACUCAUGAGUUCUGCACAGGAAAGGAAUGUCCUCCACGAUGGGAGACCAGUGGUUGGAGUGAGUGCUCUCGAACCUGCAGUGAAGGCGCUCAGUAUCGGACCGUACGCUGCUGGAAGAUGCUGUCGCCCGGCCUUGACUCUUCUGUCUACGAUUCUCUGUGUCUGUCGCACGACCUCCACAAACCGGCCAGCAGAAAGGUCUGCCACGGCCAGAGCUGUGGACCCCAGUGGGAGGUUUCAGAGUGGUCCGAGUGCUCGGCUCGUUGUGGCUCUCGGGGCGUCCGGACUCGAGAGGUUCGAUGCUCCAUGGAAAUGAAGCUGUGUAACGAGUCCUCUCAGCCAAUAGAGAGUCAGGAAUGUGAAGGCCCGCCCUGCGACAGACGAUGGACAGUUUCUGAUUGGGGACCUUGCUCAGGUGUGUGUGGGGAGGGGAGGAUGGUGCGUGCCGUCACCUGCCGUUCAUCAGGUGGGCUGGUGAUGUCAGAGGAGCAGUGCGACCAAUCACUGCGCCCGCUGGCCAUCUAUCCAUGUGGUGACAGAGACUGCGCCCCCCACUGGGUUGAACAGGAGUGGCAACAGUGUAACGCUACGUGUGGUCGCGGCGUGCGGCAGCGUCAGGUGGUGUGUGUCGGUCUGGAAGGAGGCGUGUUCAAAGAGUUUCCAGACAGCAGCUGCAACCAAAGUAAAAAACCAGAGAUGAGCUCCUCCUGCUUCCAGAGACCGUGCUCCAAGUGGUUCACCACAUCCUGGUCUCAGUGCAGUAAGACCUGUGGGAGUGGCGUCCAGGUUCGAGAAGUCAAGUGUUACCAGGGGGAGGAGCUGGUAACCAGGGGCCACAGCUGCAACUCGGCCCUAAAGCCAGAAGCCAGACAGAGCUGUGAGAUCCAGAGCUGUCCGACAGAAGCUCCAGCAGCGCCGCCGGCAGCAUCAGUAGCUGUAGACGACUCCUGCCAGGACAAGCCGACGGCCAACUGUGCCUUGGUCCUGAAGGUGAAACUGUGCUCCCACUGGUACUACAGGAAGGCCUGCUGCCAGUCCUGUAAGGCACCGAGACCCUGAAGUCUGAACUGUAACCUCUCACCUCAACGGCAACCACUGGUACCAAAGCUCACACUUCAUUCUUAUUGGUGCUACACGAAAGCCUGCUGCUAGCAACGUAAGGCCUUCAGGACAUCAACAUUAGCCUCAUCACUGAUGUCAAAGGCCAACAUGUGGUCACUGUAUUACCUUCUACUCGUCAACCUUAUCCUUUCACUCGUGUUCCCUCCUUUUUAGGUUGUACUAUCAGCACUACUAAAGAUAAAAAGUCUGAAUUACUUCCCCUUCCUUCAAGAUUCAUUCCAUAUUCUAAAAGCUUUACCCUGUUCCAUGUCACAGAGGGAUUAUACAGUCACCUUGUGUUCACCCACCGCCUCUUCCCCAGACAAUGUGAAGAUAGACUAACUUUAUAACACACUGGGACACACUUUCUAACAGAUAAAAGCAGCAAACUGGUCUUUUGAUAAACAACCAGUUUUAUUUUAUUCCUGUUCCUCUCUUCACCACUGCAGGUCUGUAUUCUAUCCAUUCCCUCACUUCUUCUUAAGGGGCUAAAGAAGGUCCAUCCAAACCACACUAAAGCCCUGAGGCAGCUUUGUUGUCACUGUGGCAACAGAUCAGGACAGAAAACAAGAUGACUGAGCGUCCUCAGCCUCGACCCGAUCCUGUCCUGCUAUUCAAACACAAACCCAUACAGAGAGUUUGGUCUGGAGGUUUUACUGCUGCCAUGCUGGUGGAGCUACACUCGGUUCUUACUUGCUCUUUUUCUCCAACACAGUAUUGUUGUGACCAAACUGCAGCAUUUCUCCUAAAACAAAAGCAUUCUAAUACAUCCUGUACUCAAAAUAAACUUAAAAACAGAAAGAGAAAAUAGUUUAUUGCCGUUUGUAUCCAGACAGCCACUAACUCUAGCAGGCAACAUUCUUUGGUAGAUAAACUAAAUAUAGCAGAAAAAGGACAUUCAUUUUAACAGACACCAAGCUGGAUGGAAACACAUCAACAGAAGCUCACAAAAGACAUAAAAACAUUCUUUAGAGCUGAAAUUAAUCUGAUGUUUUAACCCUCCUGUUGUCCUCAUUUAUGGGCACCAAAAAAUAUUGAUUCCUUGUCUGAAAAAAAAAAUCCAAAAAAUCAGCAAAAAAAAUUCCCCAAAUUUCUGAAAAUUUGCAAAAUCUUCAGGAAGAAAAUUCCAAUAAUUCCUUAAAAGUUUCCCUUCAAAGUUUUGUUUUUAAAAAAGACAAAACUUGGCAAGAAAAUUCUUGUAAAUAUUUUCAAAAAAUGAUUAAAAACCUUCCAAAAUAUCCAAAAAUAUCUAAAAUGAUGACAUAUCAGUAAAACUUCUAAUAUUUUCUUUAAGAACAUUAACAUAAAAAUCAACCAAAUCCAGCAAAAUGCGCUGGAUUUUGGUUGAUUUCUUAUGAAUGUUCUUUAGAAAUUUUUUUUUUAACAUUUCUUUUUUUCCAAAAAAUGUUCAAAGAUUUCCCAAAAAUGUUGAAAAUGUGGACAUCAGAAGUUUCACUGUGAAAAUCUAUAUUUUUCCCCACAUUUUCGAACGUUGCAGCAGGUCAAUUUUGACCUGCAGGACGACACCAGGGUUAAAUGUAGAUUUAAUAACUUUUAUACAUAGGAAGCAAGAAUUUUCUUCCUGAAGGUUUUGCAAAUUUUCAGAAAUUUGAGGAAUUUUUUUGCUGAAUUUUUGGAUUUUUCUCAGACAAGGAAACAAUAUUUUUUGGUGCCUUUAAGCAGGAGGGUUAAACGUUGGCGUGUUCCUUUAAAACUAAACAGUUGCUUUUGGAGAAAUCCAGUGUGCUUCUAAAGAAUUUUCAGGCUUGGAGGAGCUUCAGGCCUUGGAGGAGCUUCAGGCCUUGGAGGAGCUUCAGGCCUUGGAGGAGCUUCAGGCCUUGGAGGAGCUUCAGGCCUUGGAGGAGCUUCAGGCCUUGGAGGAGCUUCAGGCCUUGGAGGAGCAGGACUGUGCUGCUGAGACCAAUGUGGCUGCCAGUAAAACCUGUUGGGGCUAAACUGUCAUCUAGCGAAUCCACUGUGUAACGGGGCCUGUCGUCUCCCAGAGCGUUGUUUACCUGUUGUUACUUUGCCCACAGAGCUGCUGCAGUUUUUUGUACUGUAUCGCACAUAAAGAAUAAAAGAUCAGCUGUU